UUGUAAUCUUUUUCAGGCAAGUUUGUGCCACUUUCUCAUUUAAGAAUGCAUCAAUUUUUACGCGAUCGCUGGAUCCUUCCAACAUUGCCUCAUCAUUCAAGCUAAUUUUUCAAAAAAAUUCAAUUAUAAUAGGUUACCAGCAAUCGUAUGGGACGACCACAAUGAGCAAAGAAGCAGUGAUGUCGAUAACAGCUACGGAGAAUGGUACAAAUCAAUUUUCUACUUCUCCAUUAAAUAUGGGUAAUUUUGUAAUUAAUUCUGGUGCUUCUACUUCCUUUGAUCAAAUGCCUCCACCUCAAACCUCUGUGCCUUCGAAUUUACCUACAACAAUAAUGGCUAACGGCAAUUCAGAUGCUUUUCAUUGCCACAAUAGAUUUGAGAAUGAGCCAAUUGCUAAUGAAAUAAGCAAGCGUGCUACCAGAGUGCUGUGGUUGUCAAUUGGAGUUUGCUUAUUGUUUAUGAUUUGUGAAGUUAUUGGCGGUAUAUGGGCUCAGUCACUAGCUAUCAUUACUGAUGCAGCGCAUCUUUUAACUGAUUUAGCGAGCAUGCUAAUUUCUUUAUUUUCAAUUUAUAUUGCAAGCCGUCCCGCUUCACAAAGAAUGAGUUUUGGAUGGCAUAGAGCAGAAGUAUUUGGCGCCUUUGUAUCAAUAUGCCUUAUUUGGGUUGUUACUGGAAUUUUAGUUUAUCUAGCGAUUGACCGUAUGAUAACAGGAAACUAUGAUAUUGAUGCUACUAUAAUGAGUAUAACCGCUGCAAUUGGAGUAGGAGUGAAUUUCAUAAUGGGCUUUCUGCUUUAUUUUGGUGGACAUUCUCACUCACAUAACGGAACAACACACGCUCACGAAAAUGGUGGUAGACGUAGAAAUGAGAUUGAUUCUGAGUAUUCGAAUGUUGACCCUAAUUUUUCUGAGGAGGAUGAACGAUUUCCUCUCGUUCAACCAAACAUCAACGACGAAACAAAAUUACAUUCUGUCAAUCAAGCAAAUAUUAAUGUGCGUGCUGCCUUUAUUCAUGUUUUAGGUGAUCUUAUACAAAGCUGCGGGGUACUUUUUGCCGGUCUAAUGAUCUUCUGGAAGCCAAGUUUGCAAAUACUUGAUCCAAUAUGCACGUUGGUUUUCGCAAUAAUUGUUCUUAGCACAACAAUUUACAUUGUUCGUGAUGCACUUGUUGUUUUGUUGGAAGGCCGACCCUCGAAUAUCGAUUUUAGAUUGGUUUUCGAUGCUUUGGAAAGGAUUGAUGGGGUCAAAAAAGUGCAUGAUCUUAGAAUUUGGGCGUUGACAAUGAAUAAAGUGGCGAUAUCUGUACAUUUGGAAAUUGAUCCAAGCGCUGACUCACAAAAAAUACUGAAAGCAACAACAACAAUGCUUAGGCGAGAUUUUAAUGUUCAUGAAUCAACUGUGCAGAUUGAAGGUUAUAAGCCUGAAAUGGAAAAUUGUCAUCAAUGUGUUAUCCCUCCAAAAUAA